AUGGCUUCUCCAAAGCGCUCGUGGUCGUUGUCCCUGAUGCCACCGGAGAUAAUACAAGAAAUCUUUUACAAGACUCCGGCGGAAGCUCUCGUCCGAGCAAAACCGACAUGCAAGGAAUGGUACGCUCUCCUCACCGACGCAAGUUUCAUCAACGAACACUUCCAACGCUCCAAAGAACACUUCAUAAGAAUCUUCGAUACGGUAAAGAUCAUGGAUCCAGUGACCGCAACGAGCUCAGUUUCACCAAUCCCAAACGAGCUACUACAACAUCCAUAUACGAUCCAUAACUUGGUCUACACGCGCAUGGUUCACUGCGACGGACUCAUGCUGGUUGGUUAUCGAGGUUGGAAGUACAGAAGCGACGGUUCAAGAAUCUCCAACCUCGCACUUUGGAACCCUGUUUUGAAAAACCUCAGAUGGGUCGAGCCGCCCGUGGAAACUAUCACGAGUACUGAUUAUUUCGGGAUUGGAUACAACAGCGACGGCUACAAGAUCGUGAGGUUUACUACUCGUCCGUUUGAGGUUGAGUGUUGCGAGGAUGUGCCAGAGGUUGAGAUUUACGAGUUCAAGACGAGUUCUUGGAGAACUAUUGGUGGAGAAGUUGAUACUGAUGUGGAGAUUACGAGUAACAGUGUGGCUGUGAUGGGUAACAUGUAUUGGACUGCUUAUAGAGUAGAAACACCAGAAGAAGAGUUCAUUAGGGUUUUCGAUUUCUCGGAUGAAACAUUCAAGGACAUAUGCUUCUCUCCAACCUCUUACGUUAAUAGUCAUUUAUCUUGUUUCAAUGGAGAUAACUUGUCGUUGCUACAACAAGACCAAGCAUCAAGAAACAUUGAGGUGUGGGUUUCGAGCAAGUUGGGUGAUGGUGAUGUCACGUUUAGCAAAUAUUUUAGUUUGUCCCGUCCUGAUCUUCCGGCGUUACGGGUCCGUGAUGAUGCUAGACCUGUAUACUGCUUUGUGAAGCCUAAGAGUGUCAUCGUAUGGUGCGUGGAAGUUGAAGGAAAAGGUACUGAUAAGGCUUGUACUUGCUGUACUCUUUAUGAGAUUGGUGAGGAUGGGGUGAAGAGUAAACGCGAGACAGAACGAAGCUACGUGCGUGACUAUUCUCGCGCCUUCCGGUGUGGGUAUGUGUAUGUUCCAAGUAUGAUCCCUCUUCCAUGGGUAAGACAUUAGGUUUUUUGUUUCUUGUUCUGUAAGCUUUCGCUUUUGCUCUUUGUUUGUUGAUCUUUUGCCAUGUAUAUCUUGAAAGGAACUAUAUGAUAUUCCUGUGUUUGUGCAGAUGUUACUGAACAUGACGUUAGUUUUGGUUUUUGUAUUACAAUCUUGACAAGUGCACUGUUAUGGUGCACUGUUAUUAUAUCAUGUGUGUCUCAGUAAUGGUAACAUUGCUUUCAGUGCUGGUAUGGCCUUAGUCUUCUGAUAAUAAUUUUCUUGUUCAAGAGGUUGCCCAUUGAUGCACCUUUGUAACAUAAUAUAAUAACUCUCCUCUGGUUUAUACUCUGGACUAGUGAGUCAUGCUCCCUGGUGAUGGGAAUAUGUAAUAUUGUUGUAGAAGUUUCUAUAAUCAAACCCACAGAUCAUUUAAAAACGCAUAAGUGAAAACCACUAUCAAAACGUUAGAAUGGACACAAAGAAAAGGGACUUUCUUUUGAUAGUAUCAAAUGUCAGUUUAUUGGUACAAGUCCAAGUGUAUCUGCCAAAACAGAGUGAAUCUAAUGAGCUCAUACGCCUAUCAUCCAAGGUCUCCAGUAAUUAGUGAGAGAAUAGUUAAGAGACCUAAUCUACGCUUGAGUUCCAAGUAAAGGCACAUACAUGUUGUGAUCACAACUGUUCACCCAAAAGCCCAUUAGGAAUAAUUAGGCCCUAUAAUCUUAAUCUAUAUCUAAGGAAAAUGUCGAUACAAAGUUCAAACCGACCUUAGCUCAGUUGGUAGAGCGGAAGACUGUAGUGGGAAAUCCCAAAGAAAUCUUUAGGUCGCUGGUUCGAUUCCGGCAGGUCGGAUUCAUUUUUUCUUUAUAUAUGUGUGGGACCCACAUCCCUCCAUCCAUCUUUUGAUUCAUCUCGCGUGUGCGUAACCGUUGAUUAACCAAUCCCCAGACGUUAUCUACGACUACGCGUAACAGAUCAGU